GGCCCUGCGGUGCCGCCGGUGGCGCUGCUGCUCCUCCCGAGCCCGGCGGGAGGCGCACAAAGGGCACCCUUCCCCCCCACCCCACCCCAAGCGCAGCCCCCUCCGCCGAGCGCUCAGACAUGGAGAGGAACGGGAGCGGCGGCGGCGGCGGCGGCGGUGGUGGUGGUGGCGGGGGAGAGACCCUGGAUGACCAAAGAGCCCUUCAGAUCGCCCUGGAUCAGCUCUCCCUGCUGGGGCUGGACAACGACGAGACGGGCUCCAUUUACGACAGCGAGCCUCGGAAAAAGAGCGUGAACAUGACUGAAUGCGUCCCGGUGCCCAGCUCGGAACAUGUCGCGGAGAUAGUGGGGAGACAAGGAACGCUGCAGCCGUGCGGUGGUGGCCAGUGCCGGCUUCUCCCAGACAAAGAAAGUGCAGCAGCAGACGUGAUGUUUCCGAGGAGCGUUAUGCAUCACUUUCGAGAUGCACUUUCAGCUGCCGGGUUGGGGAAAAAAAUCACGAAAAUAAUAAAAAUCGCUCCUUUCCUCCGGCUGCAAAAGUUAAGAUUUGCAAGAGGAAACUGGAGGAAAAUGGGAGCCUCGGUGCUUCCCUACCACCACCCCCCCAAAGUUAAAAAUCGUGGAUUAUUUUUAAGGAAGAGAAAUGGAGUGGAGAAGUGGAACAAUGGGAUUGGAAUAAAGCAUCCGCAGUGGGGAAUGUGGCUCAUUCGGUAUAGCCGCUGCUCCUCACCUUCUUAAGAACUGAUUUUAUUUUUCCAAAAGGAAAGUGCUGAGCAGGAAUGUGGACUGGCGGGUGUGUUGAUUUGUUAGGUCUGCUUGCAUUUUAUCUUAUUUUAUUUCUGGCCGUGCAGUGCAGUUUUUCUGCACGCUUUUUUUUU